AUGUCGAUUGAGAUCGAGUCAUCAGAUGUUAUCGGUCUCAUCAUGCAGUACUUGAAAGAAAAUGGCUUACAUCGAACCUUAGCCACUUUGCAGGAGGAGACAACUGUGUCACUGAAUACUGUGGACAGCAUAGAGAGUUUUGUAGCAGAUAUUAACGGUGGACAUUGGGAUACUGUUUUGCAAGCUAUACAGUCCCUGAAAUUGCCAGACAAGACACUGAUUGACCUCUAUGAACAGGUCGUUCUGGAAUUGAUGGAACUUCGUGAAUUGGGUGCUGCCAGAUCUCUUCUGAGACAGACUGACCCCAUGAUCAUGUUAAAACGAACUCAGCCAGAGAGAUACAUUCAUCUUGAGAACCUCUUGGCCAGGUCCUAUUUUGAUCCUCGUGAGGCUUAUCCGGAUGGAAGCAGCAAAGAAAAAAGAAGAGCAGCCAUCGCACGGGCUUUAGCUGGAGAAGUCAGCGUUGUACCUCCAUCUCGUCUUAUGGCACUGUUGGGACAGGCUUUGAAGUGGCAACAGCACCAAGGCUUGCUUCCUCCUGGUGUGACUAUUGAUUUGUUCAGAGGCAAAGCAGCUGUAAAAGAUGUGGAAGAAGAAAAGCUUCCUACACAGUUAAGCAGACAGAUUAAGUUUGGCCAGAAAUCACAUGUGGAAUGUGCUGGAUUUUCUCCGGAUGGCCAGUACCUGGUCACUGGCUCUGUUGAUGGAUUCAUUGAAGUAUGGAACUUUACAACCGGAAAGAUCAGGAAGGAUCUCAAGUACCAGGCACAAGACAAUUUUAUGAUGAUGGACGAUGCCGUACUAUGUAUGUGUUUCAGCAGAGAUACAGAAAUGUUAGCAACUGGGGCCCAAGAUGGAAAGAUAAAGGUGUGGAAGAUACAGAGUGGACAGUGUUUGCGAAGAUUUGAAAGGGCACACAGUAAAGGUGUCACCUGCCUGAGCUUCUCCAAGGACAGCAGUCGGAUCCUUAGUGCAUCNUUUGAUCAAACCAUCAGAAUUCAUGGCUUAAGAUCUGGGAAGACCUUGAAGGAAUUUCGUGGUCACUCUUCAUUUGUGAAUGAAGCUACUUUUACUCAAGAUGGACAUUAUAUAAUCAGUGCAUCAUCUGAUGGCACUGUAAAGAUUUGGAAUGUGAAGACAACAGAGUGUUGCAAUACUUUCAAAUCUCUCGGCAGCACUGCAGGGACAGAUAUCACAGUCAACAGCAUUGUCCUUCUUCCUAAAAGUCCUGAGCACUUUGUUGUAUGUAACAGAUCCAAUACAGUGGUCAUCAUGAACAUGCAAGGCCAGAUUGUCAGGAGUCUCAGCUCUGGUAAGAGAGAAGGUGGUGACUUUGUCUGCUGUGCCCUCUCACCUCGUGGUGAAUGGAUCUACUGUGUGGGGGAAGAUUUUGUGCUGUACUGUUUCAGCACAGUAACUGGCAAACUGGAACGUACUUUGACCAUCCAUGAAAAAGAUGUAAUUGGCAUGGCUCACCAUCCCCAUCAGAAUCUGAUUGCUACCUACAGUGAAGAUGGGCUCUUAAAGCUCUGGAAACCCUAA